AUGCCUUCAGCGCUGGUGGUCUUCACCUGCCGCCCGAAUUCACACCCUUUUGAGGAGCGACAUGUUUACGUGGACCGACCCGUCAGGAUCGGGCGCUCCGUGGCCCGGUCGCGGCCAGCCGCCGAUAACGCGACUUUCGACUGCAAGGUGCUGUCACGAAAUCACGCCCUCGUCUGGUUCGAGCUCAAGACUGGCAAGUUCUUCCUGCAGGACACCAGGAGCAGCAAUGGCACCUUCGUAAACAGCCAGCGUCUGAGCCGGGGCGGGGAGGAGAGCGCCCCCUGUGAGAUUCUCACGGGCGACGUGGUGCAGUUCGGGGUGGAGGUGAUCGAAAACGCCCGCAAAGUUACCUAUGGGUGCAUCGUGUCUACAGUCCAGCUGUUUCUGCCUGAUGGAACAGAAGUCUCAAAACGCUCAGAUGUCAUUCAAGCACCCGUACCGCUUCCGGAUGACAAGGAAGCUGCCAGCAGGCCCAGCGGGUACUCUCAGGAACUUUUCCAGCUCUCUCAGUAUCUUAAGGAGGCCUUGCACCGGGAGAGGAUGCUGGAGCAGAAGAUGUCGACGCUGCAGCGUGUGCUGAUACACACGCAGGAGGCCACUGAGAGCAGCUGGCAGGCCCUGGUAGAGGAGGACAGGUUGCUGUGCAGCGUGGAGGUCAUUGGGGACCAGCUGGAGCUCUACACCAAAAGCCGGACGGAGGAGGGGGUCCGGAAGGAGCUGCUGGCCUUGCAGGAGCACAGGAGCCGCUACGAGAACAUGGCCAAGGAGGCACUGCGCCACGUCCUGCAGGAGAAGGUCGAGGUGAGCAGGAGGCUGGCGCAGGUGGAGAGGAGCCUCAGUAGCUCAGAGGGGGAGCGCACACACCUGGCUGGCCUGAAGAAGUGUGCCGAGGAGCAGCUGCGAGAGCUGGCCAACAAGUACAACAUCGCCGUGAAGCUCCUCAAGGACCUGACCGACAAGCUAAAGUGGGCGGAGCUGCAGCAGGAGGAGAUGACAGAGAGUCACCUGAAAGAGAGGAAGGAGCUACAGCAGCGUAUCAGCGGCAUGCAGCAGAGAGAGCAGGUGCUGCAGGCCCACAACGACUUCACCAACGCUCGCCUCACCUGCCUGCAAGUUCUCUUGGAGCAACUUCAGGACAAAAGUAGGAAUGAGAACACCAGCUUAGAAAUUCAGAUGGACGCUAGAGAGUGCGACAUGUCAGACACACUCAAACCCUGCAAGGAUAUCAGCACUGAAGACUUUACAGACUCUCAGAUGGAUGAGCAGGAUCUGAAGGAACCCCUGAAUAAGGUGGCGCUGCUGAACGAUGAUCUGCAGCAUGGCAUUCUCGAGACCAGUGACUCCGAGCAGGUCAUUCAGCGCCUGACCGCUGAGCUGAGGGAGGCCCAGGAACUGGCCACUAGGGGGCAGCAGAAAUGCAUGGAGCUGCAGGGUGCACUGGAGCAGGAGAGGAGGGAGAGCCAGGUUCGCUCCGAGGAAGCAGCCAGGCAGAUCCAUGCUCUGCAGGUCCAGCUGCAGAAGCUGCAGGCGGAGAGGGAGGUGCUACGUGAGGAGAGGGAGAGCGCAGUAUCCAGUGCGCAUGAGGAGCUGCGGCACGCCCAGGAGGAGGCGCUGUCCCUGCGGCGCGCCCAGGAGGAGGCGCUGUCCCUGCGGCGCGCACAGGAGGCCGUCACCGCCCGGCAGGAGCGCGAGAUCGCCGCCCUGCAGGACAACCUGGGCGCUGUCACUGCAGAGCUGGAGAAAUGGCGCCAGGCUGCGGCCGAGUACGAGCAGGAGACGCGCAGCCUGAAGGCCAACCUGCAGGAGCUGCACCAGCAUGCUGCACAGGCUGCGCAGCUGCAAGGUGAGCUGCAGAAGGAAUGCGCAGCUCUGCAGAAGGAAUGCGCAGCCCUGCGCUCCGAGAAGACUGUGCUGCGGGAUAACCUGCAGCACCUGGAGAAAGAGCUGCACAGCUCUCGGGAUCAGACUGCAAUGCUGACCCGUAACGUCAGUACCCUGGAGCGCACACAGGGGGAGCUAGAGAGUCGCCUGGAGCAGCAGCAGAAGCAGCAGCAGCAAGACUCCACCCGCCUCAGGGCCCAACUGGAACAGGCAGAGAGCAGAACCAAGAGCCUGCAGAAAGAGUACGAGCAGACGCAGCUGCAGCUGUGUGACCUGAGGCAGAGGUGCAGUGAUAUGGAGCAGGAGAAGCAGGCUGUGACUGAGGAGCUGCAGCAGUGCAGAAGCAGCCUGAGUCAGCUGCAGGAGAGCGCCGGCCGCAGGGGCUGGCUGUCCUGGGUGUCUGCCGUCGUUGUGAUGGUCGCUGCAGGUGUGCUGUACAGCGCCCUGGCCCACAGCUCCGCCUGAGAUCGCCACCACCUGCCGAAGCCCCGCCCACGGGACACGCCUCCACGGCCUGCCAGCCAAUGGAACACAGGAGCGUCUCUGCUUUCAUUGCGUAAACACAAGCCUAUAGAGAGUGAACAAGCAUAGAAAAUUAUACUAUAGAGAGGACUUUUUCUGCAGCGCUUUUUGUCAGUGUUUUAGAUAUGGUGAACGUUUCCAUGUUGCAGGGACCUGGAACAGGCUUUUUUAAAUGGGUAUCACAUUUUCUUUCUCAUUUCUCUCUCACCGAUGUUUCGGUUGUUUUGAAACUGCGCAUUCGGGUGAGGUUCCCUUGCGUGUAGACGUCCCUCACAGCGCUGUAAGUGCCUGCUGCAGGGAGCUGAUGGACAGAAUGUGCCAUUCCUCCUCCUUACCUCUGCCUUCCAAAGGAAAUGACCUCAGAGGUUGCCAUGGGAACACAACAAAAAAAGAAUUUGAUCUGAAACACUGUCCAAAGUGUUGAAAUCAACACCUGAUUCACAGGUUGGGAACACAAUAUUUGUCAGUGUUUUCUUUGCAUUUUUUAUGGUAAAUGAGCGUUCAGGCUUUGUCCCCUGGUUUCUGUAUGCUUCAUUUCCUAGCCUCUCUAAGGCAAAGGAAAAAAGAUUUAUGAGUUAAUAUAUUUGGGAGUAUAUUGAGGUGUGUUUUUUCUUUCUGAAAUGUCUAUUAUUGGCUGUGAUACUGGCGGCGUUCUGUGUUCCAGACUGUGUAGGCUCUCCCUCACACAGACACAUUGAAACACAGAACUACACACUGACACAAUCCCCCUUCAAGUGUGAGAUGACAGGUAGUUUGUGCUUAAAUGCUUUUAAAGGUUUCCUUAAUUUAGCAGCAUUAAUAUUUUUUGGGAGAGUGGUUAUUUUGCAUGGACUUUACCCCAGCUCUGUGGAAUUGUUCAUUUUAUUAGUUCUAAGUGUCUCUGUUGAGUGUCUAAUUAUUUUUAUUCCUGUAACAGCGAAGUUAUGGCACAGGCAGAACAAACCAACAGGCGGAUUUCAGUGUUCACAGGAGUUCGAGAACAAAUUCCGAAACCUUUCCCGGCAGGGCUUUGCAAACAUUGUUUUGUGCUGGAAGUGGUGUAAGAAUGCAGUCUUUGAGGGCUGUCUGAGUGCAUCUCAGAACUGUCAGGUGUCAACAGAAACUGUUCUACAUUCAAACCGUUCUGCUCCUGAGGUGUAGCAGUCAGACGGGCCUAAUUCCAUGGUUUUCAGUUUGCUUUCAUGCUAUUAGGUACUUAUGAAACCAGCCAGUGGUCCACGCAAUACCUGUACAUAGUUUUCUUAAAAAAACAAAUGUUCUCACAUAGUAAACUGCAAAAUGUUGUUUUUAUAAGUAAAUUGAUGUUUAAAAUCUAUUUUGUAAAAUGUGGCAGUUGCCGUAGCUUCAGGAGUUGGCACUCACACUUGUUAUGUGUUUGAUUUUAAUAAACCUG